UGUGGAUUUCCUGCUCGUUUUUUUCUCCCAGUUGGCUGGAAGUCCCAGAACAGCUUUGGGGUCUUCGACUUCCUUCCCCCGCGCCGGUAUUUUCGGUGGCCCCAGAGGGGGAAGGGGAAGGAAUCCUCGGGUGUCCCUGUGUCUGCAUCCAACCCGAAGGAGGGUAGGAAAGUAGAAGUGGAAAACGGAGAAGUUCGGACCCGAGACCAGCGCGAGAAAACGCAAAAAUCCGGGUCACGAUUACCAGUCUAGUCCUUGCCCGCUUGCAACCAUCUGCUCCCAAAUCACUCAGGAUCAAGCCCCGCCCCACACCCAUGAUGGCCUCUCCCACCUGCGUAACCAAGCCUAACUCAGGCCUCCCGACGCGCAUCCUCGUUAUCACUUCUCGGGCUCUCCCACCAGGAAAUGGAAGCCUGGACCCGCCCCUAAAGCUGGAGCCCUACAUGGAUGAAAACUUCAUCUCCAGAGCCUUUGCCACCAUGGGAGAGACCGUUCUGAGUGUUAAAAUCAUCCGAAACCGACUCACUGGGAUCCCUGCCGGCUACUGCUUUGUGGAAUUUGCCGAUCUGGCCACAGCUGAGAAGUGUUUGCAUAAAAUAAAUGGAAAACCCCUCCCUGGAGCCACACCAGCCAAACGUUUUAAACUGAACUACGCCACUUAUGGGAAACAACCAGAUAACAGCCCCGAGUACUCGCUCUUCGUAAGGGACCUCAGCCCGGAUGUGGACGAUGGCAUGCUCUAUGAAUUCUUUGUCAAAGUCUAUCCCUCGUGUCGAGGAGGCAAGGUGGUGCUGGACCAGGCAGGAAUCUCUAAGGGUUAUGGCUUCGUGAAGUUCACUGACGAGCUGGAACAGAAGCGGGCCCUGACCGAGUGCCAAGGGGCAGUGGGACUGGGCUCCAAGCCAGUGCGCCUGAGUGUGGCCAUUCCCAAGGCGAACAGAGUGAAACCCAUGGAAUACAGCCAGAUGUACAGCUACAGCCUCAACCAGUAUUAUCAGCAGUACCAGAACUACUACGCGCAGUGGGGCUACGACCAGAACACGGGCAGCUACAGCUACAGCUAUCCCCAGUAUGGCUACACCCAGAGCACCAUGCAGACAUAUGAAGAAGUUGGUGAUGAUGCAUUGGAAGACCCUACGCCCCAGUUGGAUGUGAAUGAAGCCAACAAGGAGUUCAUGGAACAGAGUGAGGAGCUAUAUGAUGCCUUGAUGAAUUGUCACUGGCAGCCCUUGGACACUGUCUCCUCAGAGAUCCCCCCUGUCAUGUAACUUGGCUGGGCACACAGCACCUCUGCAUGGACUAUGGGACAUUGGGAACUUUUAACAUUUUUGAAAUGUAAUUUAUAAAAUUUUAAUAAUUAAAAAUUAAAAUAUUUGCUCAAA